UCCGUCACGCAAGCGCACUAGGGAGUUUCUGAGUGUCCGGAGGCCGUGAAGAACUACAUUUCCCAAUGCCCUUAAGCAACGGAAGUGACGUAAUAGCAGACAUAGUUGGAGGGUUCGGGUAAAAAUGGCCGAAUAUUUAGCUUCGAUAUUCGGGACUGAGAAGGACAAGGUUAACUGCUCUUUUUACUUUAAGAUUGGGGCCUGCCGGCACGGGGACCGGUGCUCCCGGCUUCACAACAAACCGACUUUCAGCCAGACCAUAGUGCUGCUCAACCUGUACCGGAAUCCACAGAACACCGCCCAAACCGCAGACGGAUCGCACUGUCACGUGAGCGACGUGGAGGUGCAAGAACACUAUGAUAACUUCUUCGAGGAAGUGUUCACGGAACUGCAGGAGAAGUACGGGGAGAUUGAAGAGAUGAAUGUGUGCGACAACCUGGGGGAUCACCUCGUGGGCAAUGUUUAUGUCAAGUUUCGGCGCGAGGAGGAUGCAGAGCGGGCAGUGGCUGAACUCAAUAACCGCUGGUUCAACGGGCAGGCUGUGCAUGCCGAGCUGUCUCCCGUCACUGACUUCCGGGAGUCGUGCUGUCGGCAGUAUGAGAUGGGGGAAUGUACCCGGGGUGGUUUCUGCAACUUCAUGCACCUGCGACCUAUCUCCCGCAACCUCCGGCGGCAGCUCUAUGGGCGGCGACCCAGGCGCAGGUCACCCCCAAGGUCCCAUACCGGCCACCGUCCCCGAGAAAGAAAUCGACGACGGUCCCCAGACCACCGGCAUGGCCGUUUCUGAGAUGCUGACCUCCUUGCCCUCCACCCCUGGCAGGCACAUAUGUUCCUGGCCAGGACCCCUCCUCAAAGCCCCCUUAACUCCCUAGUGCCAUCUUUUCCAUGCUCCGGGUCUCCAUGAUGUAAUACCUUCAACACAGGGACCUUCUAUCGCCCCGCCCCUAAUAAAGUUCUAUAUUGAGGGUUUAGAGCUUCGUUGUUAGCUUGAGCCUGGCUGUGGGCUGGUUUCCUUCCACCCCCACAUCUGCUGAUGAAAAGGGGAAGUAGGGCUGGGCUCUGGCCACAACCUCAGCCAAGAAACUUCCAACAACAGGUGGGAAAGCAGCAUGCCCAGGGUCCUAGAAACCCCCAAGUGGGACUGGUUGGGUCGGGCUGCCUUUGUGCUGAAACUUCAGCACGUCCAUCAGAGGAUUCUCAAGGGGGAGAUGCUUGGUUGUGGCAGGUCAGAGGAUUCCCAGUCUGGAGGAGAUUGGGGUUAGGAGCUAAGGUAAGAUUGCUGGGAGUUGGGUGGGAGUCUCCAGUGGGUGAUGGCUGGGUCCUCCAUGCCCACUGCCCUGAGAUGGGAAUAGGUAGUACCUAAUACUUAAGCUUACACUGUGCCAGGUGCCAGGUGUUCUAAAUGCUUUACUUCCAGUAAUGGUUUUACUUCUCCACAAUAACCUUCUAAGACAGGUACUAUUAUACCAUUUUACAGAUGGGAAAAGAGAGGGCAAGAAGAUGGCAGAGAUGGGAUAUAAAUCCACGCAGUCCGGCUCCAGAGUCCUCGCUGUAGCCAUCUUGAGGCCUUGUGGCUGCUCUGAUAACGGGCCAGGAGCUGGUCUGGGGCUGGAGAGUAGAUUCCUGGCUUCCAAAGGGGACUGGGGAUCCUAUGCCCCCACAUCCACUGCUUCCUUCUUCUGCCCCGGUUUCCUGGCAAGUGCGGCAGAGGUGCUGUGACAGGAAGUCCUGUGGUCAUGGCCCCCCAGAAGGCAGGCUCCGCCAGGAUGGGGCCCCUAUGCCUCCUCCUGACUGCCGUGCUGCUCCUGGCCCAGGCGGCGCCGAGGAAGGCCUCUCAGCACUGCAGCCGCCUCGAGUACUGGAACCCUGAGGACCUGUGCUGUGGCAGCUGCUUGCAGCGCUUCGGGCCGCCCCCUGCUCGGACUGAAUUUUCGGAAAACUGCGGGCCCGAUGAUGCGGGCAAUCACGUAACGCACCCCUUCAAAGAGUGUCCUCCUGGGCAGUGCAACCCCAACAGCGAGGAGCUAUGUAGCCCUUGUGGCGGCGGAGCAACGGCCCCCACUUCUUUGGGGAGCCGCGGCGGGACCCGGAGGCGCGGCAGACAGGUGCUGGUUGGGCUCCGGAGAGCCUGGGCAAGAAGCCGGUCCCUAACAAGGAGCCCUGCCCCCUGACACGUGGAAAGCUGAGCGUCCUUAGUUCCCAGGAGCCCAGCUUACCGGCGAUUUCCAGUCUUCUGUGGACAUCUGAGCACAAAGUCCCGCAGCAGGCCUGGCCGAGUUGGAGUUUUGACCUGUCCCUGGUGCUGGUUCUGCUCAUGACCUCGGCAGAAAUUCUCCUGCUCGCCCUGCAAAGGCACCGCCGUCGCCACCACCAGGGGAAAGCUGUCCAACACCCCUAUCCUGGCUUGGUUUGCAACGACCUCAACACCCACACCCUAUUCUCCUUGCACUUGUUCCCUCCAGGCUCCCUGGAGGCUUCAGAGGCAGGGGACUCAGGGAAGGAGGUCCCUCUGCCUCCACUCCUAGGCAGGGAGCUGCCAAGUCUGGAAUCACAGCCGCUGUCUCGCCCCCUGGAUGAGCUGGAAGUGCUGGAGGAGCUGAUCGUGCUGCUGGAUCCUGAGCCUGGGCCAGGUUGGGGGAGAGCCUGUGGCAGCACUCGACACCUGGCUGCAAAAUAUGUACUGCCUGCUGCCUGGUCCACUUCCGCCUACUCCCUGCAGCCCAGUCGCUGGCCUCGGUGGGCCCUGAUGGAGAUGGUGGUGGCAAGGGAGCCCUCUGCCUCUCUGGGCCAGAUUGGCACACACCUGCCCAGAGAGGGCGGGCAGAUGCACUGCAGGUGCUGUCCAAGCUUGGCUGAGCUGGGGCCUGCCCGGCCUAGUACCCGAUAAAAAUAAAGUUUCCGUUGAAGUAA